UCCGAAAAUAAAGAAAGUUAGGAAAUUGCCACUGCCACCUGCGUCUCGCUCUUCACUCUCUUCUCUCAUUCUCUCUACUCUCUUUGAUGCAUUAAUCUCUCCAUCUCUCUCUUAUUCUCUAACAAAAGUUAUGCCUUUCCUCUCCCUUUGAUCUCAAAUGUGGCAAAUUCUCUUAGGCGCGGCUGUUGCAGGAUCCACCGGACUCCUUGCUAAACACCUCUUUAACCCCAACAACCCCAUUUCUCAAGGUAACCCAAAUUCCGAUAAUGAUCAAGAAAAACUAGAUCUUCAGUUCCAAAAUGGGUUUUUAGAAUCUGGGUGUGAGAGUAAUGGAGAGGACAAAGGGAAGCAAGAUGGGAUCUUUAGAUUUUCCAGUUCUGAGUCUGCUGGAAAAACUGGGCUUAAAACCAAGGAUAGGAAUUUGAGGAAAAAAGUUGUCUUGAAGAAGGCUGAGAAAAGAUCAAGUGGAGCUGAUGGUGUAGAGGUGAGUAGAAGGAAGUUUGCUGUUUGGUCGAAGAAGAGGAGAACUGGUAUGAAUGUGGCUUAUAAGUGUGGAUCACGCCCUUCCAAAGAUGGCUCUGUGUUUCGUUGGGGACUUGGCUUUGGCAUCAUGUACAUGAUGUCAGCUGGCAAGGCUGAGAUCAAUAGGCUGAACUCAACAAUGGAUGAGACUGCAAAAGUCGUUCAGGAGUUAAAAACUGAGCUAUGCAAAAGAAAAUCAUCUUGCAAUGUACAAGCUUCGAAUUCUGCAAAUGAAGUUGCUACAGGGUCAAAGAAAUCUAGCGGCAAGAAUACACAAGUACUGCUUGAUAAGUCAGGUACAGGGAACAGAGACCAUAAUGAGAUCAAAGUAUGUAGCGUCCCGGUAAUUGAUGAUGGUGAGUAUGCCAGUAGUGUUCUUACUGAAGAGCCAGAACCAGAGGUAGAGGUGGGGGAAAUGGAUCAGCUAGAGGCAGAGCUCGAGUCAGAACUGCAAAAAUUGAGUGAGACUGAGGUUUCAGCCAAAAGUCUGCAUGAGUCGGUGGGACAGAGGUCUGAUUCAUACCAGUGCCAGGGAGUGUUGCCAUCUGAACUAGAUCAGAAGCUGUGCCAUUUGCUAAUUGAGCAGCAGGAAAACCAAAUUGAGGAGCUAGAAUCUGAAUUGAGUUUGGCUCAAUCCAAACUCCGUGAGAAGGAAGCUGAACUCCAAGCACUAAAGGAUUGUGUUAGGGGCCUGGCUAACUUCUCUCUAUCAACAGUCUCAGAUGAUAACGAGACCCAAGGGGAGCAAGCAAGUAUGAACGAUCAGGAUUGCCCUAUUAAAAGUGGAUUGGAGACAAGGAAAUCAUUGGUUGGUAUGAAAAGACCUAUUGAGUCCUGAGUGCAACUGAUAUGCAUGAUUACCAUAUUUCCCAGGGGCAAGACCUAGAAGGAAAUUGAUAGGCAAUCAUCAGAUGCCAUCACAAAACAAUACCAGUUGUAGGUCACACCAUUCUAAAAUCUAGCUUGCAUAUUCCCUGUGUAUCUCCUGGACCCUUCCAUAUUAUAAUACUGUAGUAUCAGAAAUCUAGACAUGGUAAUCUGUUUAUUGAGUUCUGCCUGUCUGAUUAUUUUAUUACGAUGUGCUUGUAUUUUUUAUGCCUAGUGUCUGGAGCCGAACUCUCUUCACCAAGUGAUUCCUAAUUGACUUAGCUAGCUUGCCUGCUUCUCGGUCAAGCUCUUUCUUGA